ACCGUACAAUCUGUUUUAUUUUUCACAGAGUAGGAAAUUGUAUACACGGAAUCAGUCGUGUUUGUAGCAUGUAAAAUAUUUCUUGUGUACAGUGUGUUGCCGAUUGUGUGUUUCAAAUUAUUGGGACAUUAAAAUGUUUGUAAGAAGUGAAUGAUAAUUAUUGCAUUAUUUAUAAUUAGAUGCAACAUGCAAAAGCCAUCGUCAUAACAGCGUGAAGUGAAUGAAAGUCAAAAUGAAACGGAUCGUGAAUAGGAAUUUAAUUACACUAAAAUGUGUGCUGUUUUGCUUUCUAGCAGGAAUAGGCUGUAUAUACCCAUUCCUGCCCUUGCACAUGUUGUCUGUGGGAUUGAAUAAGGGAGAAGCCCGUCUCAUAUCUACCGUAACACCAUGCGUGGCCUUGCUGGGACCAGCCAUUUUGGGUCCUCUUAUUGAUAAGUUGUCAGUAGGUCGAGGGUCGACGGGGGGCGCGGGGGUCCCCAGUGGCUCCGGCAAACUUCUGAGAAUCGUAACCGCCCUGUGCCUUAUACUGAGUGCCUUAUUUUACUCGUUACUGCUAGCAGUGCCUUACUCGGAGCGGCAUGAAGCCAGGAGACCUCAAGUGCUGUUCAUGUGUGACGCGGAUCGUGGUUAUGUCAUGCAAGAGGUUUGUGCUGAGGGAAUGAGGUGUAAUCGAUGGGAGGGAGAAAAGUCGGGAGUGUUAGCGGUCGGUGCCUGCGAGUACGGGUGUGCUGAUGAGAACAUGACGUGGGUGAUGACACCGUUCACCACCACCUCCACCACCACCACCGUCAGACCCUUGUACAACAGCGUCGCCAACGCGACUCCGGCGCCGGCAGUAGAAGAAGUGGAGGAUGACACCUACUUCGAGAUGAGUCCGCCACACUUGUGCUACAACGGCCAGUGCGUGGUGUACAUGCAGCACGCGGACAGGCUGAGAGUGCCGCUGGCUCUGCUGGCUCCAGACCCGCGCGCCGACAACGCCACGGAUGAGAACAACUGGUGCACCUACCGCACCGCUGGUCCGACGAAGUGUGCUGUGCCACCUGAGCGGCUGAAAGAAUUGAGCCAAGACGUCGAGGACUGCAAGCCUGCCGUGCGCUGCCAAGUUCUGGACCCGUACGAUGAACCUGGCGGCGUACUGGCGGACGCCGAGUGCCGGCGAGUGGUCGGGGAUCCUGACGCCACUUUCUGGAUCUAUUUAGUUAUAAGAAUACUUGCGGACAUCUGGCCAACAGCUGCGUUCGCGUUAUUGGGUGCUGCUUGCGUGAUAGCCACGAGAGAGACAUCUCUGGGGCGCGGCGACGUGGGCCGACAACUCGCGGUGGGUACGGUCGGUCUGGCGACCCUGCCGCCGCUGGCCGGCCUCUUCGUCUCCGAGAUGCCAGAGACACCCUUCCUGGUGCCGUUCCUACUCCACGCGUUAUUCAUGCUGAUUGGUGCGCUGAUUCUCAUUGUGGAUAACGCCAUGCCACUGUCGACGCCGGAGUGGUGGUGGCACACGGCCCGCGGCGUCCUCGCGCUGCCCAUGUCGGCCGCGCGGCGCUACGGGGCCGAGACCGCCGCCCUGUUCGUGGUGCUGCUCCUGCUGGGCACGCUGUGGAGCGGCAUCGACGGCUACCUGCCCUGGACGGUGCGGGAGUUGAACGCCAGCAGCGUGCAGGUGGGCCUCACGAUGACCGCGAGCGCUCUGCCCGCCCUGCCCGCGCUGUGGUGGGCCGAGGCCGUGGUCGACUACAUCGGACACUCCAACGUCUUCAUCACGGCCUUCACCUUCUACUGCUUGCGAUACCUAGCGUUGUCGUAUGCCACGACGUACACCUGGGUAGUCAUCAGUGAGGUCCUGGAAGUGUUCACGCUCAGCCUGGUGUGGGUGACCGCAGUGCUCUACUUCAGACACCUGGUCCCCAAGAAGUACACCACCACGGGACAAGCUUUGCCGGUCAUCGCGCACUUCUGUUUGGGUCGAUGCAUCGGUUCGAUAAUUAGCGGCAUGGUGUCGUUGGGGUCUGAACUGGAAUCCACUCGCGAGGUGUACCGCGCCCUGGGAGUAGUGGCUCUAGUGGUGGCCGCAGUGUAUCUCGCACUCUACCACCUGCUGCUUGCACCGAGGUGUGCCUCGCCUGCUACGUCGCCCCCUCCGCACUUGUUACAAGGAUUGACAACAAAUGGCGCUUCAAACGGCACGUGGAAUACACCAAUGCGAGUGUACCACGAAGAACGUUCGCGUAAAGGACACUUCCGAUAUUAGUCAUUAAUUAAUAUUAAUUUAAAUGUUGUUGUAUUUUGAUGUUAAGAACCUACAUUUUUAUUCUGAUUACACUUGUGAUAUCAUUUUUUAAAGCAGCUUUGACUUGGUAUUUUUGCCGUAUUUUUUAUUUUAAGUAUUUUUAUUCAAUAAAUCUAUUUAUAAAUCUG